UUUGGGACAAAGCGGAAAGGGGCCUCAUUCUCCUCUUUUCUGAUUCCAGUCUCCACUCUCCACAGUCCACGCCAGGGAGGCAGCGACGCCGCCCACUCCCGCACUCCGCCCACGCCCACGUCCACUCCUCCUCCCGCCGACGAUCGAUCCACACGGCAGUCCACUCCUCCUCUCGCCGACGAUCGACCCACACCCACAGUGGUACCACUGGUCUUGAGCAUAGUUUCUAUGUAACCCUGGGUGAGGGAUUGAUAUGUGAGAGCUCAAGCCUCAAGCCACAGUGACGACAUCGAUCAAUUUGGGUCUCCAAAUCUUGGUACAGUUACAGAAUGGGGGAGGAGCUAGAAGCCGAGAAACAUGUUAACUACAUUUUAUCCGUAGAGAAGAAGAAGAACGAUUUUGAAUCUGUGGUGAUGGAACACAUACGGAUCAAUGGUGCAUACUGGGGGCUGACCACUCUGGAUCUUUUGGGGAAGAUUGGUGAAGUGGAUUCUAAGGAUGUUGUUUCAUGGGUCUUGGAGUGCCAACAUGAAUCGGGUGGAUUUGGUGGUAACAUUGGGCAUGACCCGCAUAUACUGUAUACCCUCAGUGCUGUACAGAUUUUAGCCCUUUUUGACAAGAUAAAUGUACUUGACAUUGAUAAGGUGUCAAACUAUAUCGUUGGGCUGCAGAAUGAAGAUGGAUCUUUUUCAGGGGACAUGUGGGGUGAAGUUGAUACACGGUUCUCUUACAUUGCUAUAUGUUCUCUUGCAUUAUUGCACCGUUUGGAUAAAAUCAAUGUGGAAAAAGCUGUAAAGUACGUUGUGAGUUGCAAGAAUCUGGAUGGUGGAUUUGGAUGCACACCAGGUGCCGAAUCUCAUGCAGGGCAAAUUUUCUGCUGUGUGGCUGCUCUUGCGAUAACUGGUUCUCUACAUCAAAUUGAUAAGGACCUCCUUGGGUGGUGGUUAUGUGAGCGACAAGAUAAAUCUGGAGGUCUAAACGGACGUCCGGAGAAGCUUCCAGAUGUCUGCUACUCUUGGUGGGUUCUUUCUAGCUUGAUCAUGAUAGACAGAGUUCAUUGGAUUGACAAGGAAAAGCUUGUUAAAUAUAUCUUGGACUGUCAGGAUAAAGAGAAGGGAGGCAUUUCUGAUCGGCCAAAUGAUGCUGUUGAUGUUUUCCAUACGUAUUUCGGAGUUGCUGGUCUCUCACUUCUUGAAUAUCCAGGAUUGAAAGCCAUAGAUCCAGCUUAUGCUUUACCUGUUGAUGUUGUAAACAGGAUUUUCUUCGGCAGAUAGGUCACCCAAUUGAUGAAAAUCUUUGUUACCACUGUCAUCAUCAAAUUUUUUUUUUUGGGUUCAGGCCAUGAUAAGUAACACAUUUUUCCUUGGAUGGGUAUCUUUAGAUCUAAAUUGUUGAACACCUAACAUCAAAGAUUAUUUUUGAAAACUUA